GUUACGUUCGGUUUUACUCGGAUAGUGGUCGAUUGCACCUGUCAAAACUUGGAACCAAUAGCAAGCCUUCGUAUGUGACCUCGAAAAAUACCAGUCUUGAUUUUGAUACGAAGAGAAAUGCAUGUCUAAAUUUAUCGCGUUUUAAUAAAUGAAAACACGUCGUAAAUCUCUUAAAUUAAUAAGUGCCUACUUAAAUAUUUUUGAUGAAGUGUGAAAUAAAAUGUGUGUAAUUGAUGUGAUGUAAUUUGAGCUUAACUCAAGAUAAUUGUGUUUUGCUUUCGUGAAAAUGAAUGGCAAACUGCAUAGUGAAACCGGCGCUUUCUCAUCUGACGACAUGCGCGCCGAAAUAUUGAACCCUUUCGUCCACAAAUUGGAGCUAGAUAACACAUAUGACAAAAUAAAGACGGCAAUAUUCACCGUAAUAUUACUGCCUUUUCGUGUCAUCGUUAUAUGUUACCUAAUAGUAACAGCAUGGUUUCUCGCGUGUAUUGGCCUCUAUGGCCUCAGCGAAGAAGAUCUCAGGCGAAAGCCUAUGACGGGAUGGAGAAGCAAACUGCGCUUCUCAAUCUUGUCGCUAAUGCGGUUGGUGGUGGUGGCAGCGGGGUUCCACCGGGUUCGGGUGCUGGGGCGGCAGCACGUGCCUUCUAACUCUCGGGAAGCUCCCGUGGUGGUGAUGGCACCACAUUCCACGUUCUUCGACGCCAUCGCCAUCGUCUGCCUCGGUGCACCAAGCGUGGUGGCCAAAGCAGACACCGCGAGGUUGCCGUUCAUAGGACAACUCAUCAACUACACGCAGCCUGUGUAUGUGUGGCGGGAUGAUCCCAACUCCAGGCAGAAUACUAUCAAGGAGAUCAUCGAGAGAGCUACUUCCAAAGAAGAUUGGCCACAGGUGCUGAUCUUCCCUGAGGGUACCUGCACGAACCGCUCGUGUCUGAUCACGUUCAAGCCGGGCGGGUUCUACCCCGGAGUACCUGUACAGCCGGUCACCAUCAGGUACCCUAAUGCCAGAGACACCGUCACUUGGACCUGGGAGGGCCCUGGAGCCCUGAAGCUGUUGUGGUUGACUUUGACUCAAGUGCACAGCUCGUGUGAGAUUGAGUUCCUACCGGUGUACUAUCCAAGUGAGGAGGAAAAGAGGGACCCCAAACUUUACGCGAGGAACGUACGAGAUGUCAUGGCCAAGGCAUUAGGAGUGCCUGUUCUGGACUACACGUACGAUGACUGUCGGCUCAUAGCCCGAGCCAAGCAGCUGGGCAUACCGUGUGCAGCCUCCGCCAGGGAAGUCAGCGAGAUCCGAGCACAACUUGGUUUGGAGCGGUCAGGCCUGGAGCUGCACGUGGCGCGCGGCGGGCUGUCGGGCGGCGGCGGCGGGCCGCGCCAGUGGCUGGCGGCCGCGGAGUUCGCGCAGCGGCUCGGGGUGCCGCUCACUGCGCGCACGCAGCGACUCUUCGACAUAUUCAUGCAGCGCUCGAGUGGGUUGGUGUACUUCCCGGACUACUUGCUGUGCGCCGCCUUCCUGUCGCUGCAACACGCGCCCCUCACGCAACUCCUGGCUAUAGCCUUCAAGCUGUACGCGAAUGGUUCGGGAGGCCGGGUCAACGCGGCCGGCUUCGAGGAGCUCGCCACGCGGUGCCUGGGGCUCUGCCAGGAAGACGCCUGCAACACCUUCCGCCAGGCAGACCUGGACGAAGACGGAUACCUCACCUAUGAUGACUUCAUAGCAUACGCGCAGAAGAAAGCGGAGUUCGCGUUUGUAUUCGCCUGCGACACAUCGCAUCAUAAGCCGAAGGCUCAGUGAGGGUCACCUGUUCACAUCCCGACAGUCUGCAGUCAAGUGCCCUAGUGACGGAAACUUCACCCAGGAUAGGAACGAAGAGAACAGUAAUGUCGAGUAUGUGAAAUAAUUCAUCAAAUUAUGAAAUCGAAACUACAAACGAAGGCAUUUUAAUUCUUAACAAUGGCUGUAUCGGAAACGGUCUUAGCCGAGAAGAAAAAAAAAUGAAUUUGACAGCGGUCAACUGUUUGCCGCCAUUAGUUUGACGUUUGAAUUGUUUGUUUUUUUAUUGGAAAUGUCUUUGGAUAACAAUGUGAUGAGUAAAGUACUGAGAGAUACGUGGUGAUUAAUAUUUAUGUAUGAAAUUACUAAAUAAUGCCAUUGUGUUAAAGCUAGGUCUAUCUCAAUGAAUAAUGCUCUGUUGGUUACGUUUAUGAGCGAUUGGAUAUAGUGUGAUUAGUGGUUUGUGUAAGUGACGUGUUUAUGAAAAUGGCAAGAAAAUAUUCCUUUGCAAAUAAUUUUAAGUACCUUCCUACCCAAUUUUUUAAGACCGAUCUUAAUUGGCUAACUUGCAGAUAGAACUGGAAUGUGAAAUUAUAGAAUAGUGAACAUUUAAUUUUGUGUUGAGUGAAUAGUAACUACAUAUAUUUUUUGGCCUGUUUUUUCCUCACCUUUCAAAGAUUCAAAAAUCAUUCUAUAAUAUUGAAAACGUUGUUUUUCAUUACGCUUCAUCAUCAUCAUCAUAUCAGCUACAAGACGUCCAUUGCUGAACAUAGGCCUCCCCCAAUGACUUCCAGAUAGGCCGGUUGGAAGCAACCUGCAUCCAGCAGCUCCCUGUGACCUUAAUCAGGUCGUCUGUCCACCCUGUGGGUGUAUGUGCUAAUCUGCGCUUGCCGGUACGCGGUACUUGAGAAUCUAUCUGCCCCAGCGGACGUCGGAUCUCCGCCCACUGCCACUUAUUUCGCUUACUUUUACAUAUUUCCUGCGUUUAUUCGGUUUUCUAUUUAAAAGUAAUUAGCUUCUUCUUCUACCAAGUACCUACGUAUGUUACAUAGGUACUUAACUUUCACGCGUAGAGUGACAAUCGUGUAGUCUGUUCAUAAUCAUAUUUCACCUUUCUCACCUCUCUCUCUAACCAUCUCGAAGAAAUUGCUUAUAUUAAGUAUGAGUUUCUAAUAAUUCAAGUUCUAAUGUUGUUAGUGACCAUGUCAGAUUAAAAAGUUUAUUAACACAUUGAACGCCGUGGUGGUCACCGGUGACCGACGUUAGCGAAGGAUUUGCCUUCAACAGUUUUCUAUUGGCAGUCUAUGACUUAAGUACCCGAGAACCAGUAAGUGAAGAGUUGAAGGUUGAGUCCAGUGGCGUGUGUCAAGCAGUGGAUAUGAAUUAUAAAGAGUCUUACAUAAAUGAAAUAGCCUUAAUAUAAUAUGAUGAAGAAACAGGCCAAUAAUAUUAGACAAAAUGCAUUUUAAUUAUUCAGUGACUAGUAUUUGUUUUAUGGUACAAAUUUAUAUAUGCGUUGUAGUAGGUAUACGCUUUAUCCUACUUUCGAUUUUUUUUGUUAAUCAAAUGACGCUAAUAUAUUUUGCUCACUAAAUGGCUCUAGCGUGGAUCUCUCGUCCAAUAGGGAAUUAGCUAGUGCCACACCAUUGGACGUUCAUCAUUUGACAGCUGCUGUGAUUGGACAAACAGACGUCUUGCUAGAUUUACGCCGUAUAGUGAGCUAGAAAAACGGUACCUCUUUAACCUUACGGUUAAACCAUUGGACAGUCAGAUUUUGACAGUUACAAAGAAUAGCGCCAUCUAUACCCUUAAUACGAGUUUACUUUUCGUUUAAAGUAAUUCGAAACGAGAGCGCGUUCGGCGCUCUGAUUGGUUGGUUUAUUCGAGCCGGCCAAUCAAGGCGCCGAAUGCGCUGUCGUUUCGAUUACUUCAACCCCUAAGAGGCCGGUAACGCACUUGUAACGCCUCUGGUGUUUCGGGUGUCCAUGGGCUGCGGCGAUUGCUUACCAUCAAGUGAUCGGUCUGCUCUUUUACCGUUUUUUACCAUAAAAAGAGAAACUACAACAUGCCCUUAAAACGUAAUUAAAAUUCUUACAAAAAUUCGUAAGGAUUUAAACGUAAAGCAAACUCAUACUAAGGAUACUGUUUCCGGAGCUGCGGAUUACCUAGCGGGUUUACCGGGGCUCCGGUUUGAAAAGCAGGAGUAGGAACGGGGUGGUUUUUAGGCAGUAAGAGUCUGACACUCCCUCUCGCCUCGCCCAAGGCGAGAGAAGUCAUUGGAUGAUUUUCCCCCUCAAAAAAAAGGAUACUUUUUAGUAAAAUAUCGGUGGCCCUUAAUCAGUUUGAGGUUAGAUAUUCAUCCUCCAUUGUUAAAUACAGUAAUAAUUUAUUAUUUAUUUGUGAAUAGCUGUAGUGUUAGGUAUUUUAGUUAGUUAAUCAAUAAGUCAAUUAUCGGCCGCGACUUUUUUUUUAAUUUAGGGAGCUAAGCUUAUGUACUGGUAGGUAAUCUGUUAACACUUAUUUUUGAAAAGUAAAUCGAAUUUGGUCUCUAAUGGAAGCUUGGACUUCGAAUUUGACACGUGGCGCUAGUGAGUCGAAAGUCAAAACAUAAUAUAUUUACUUAUUUAUUUACCUAAUGAAAAAAAAAUACCAAUGUGUGUGUUUUUAUCCGAUAUUUAAAC